UCAACUAGCUAUCAUUCUGGUAAUGAAUGCUUGUUGACCUCAUAAUCGCUAUCGUGUGUAGUUAAUAUAUGACGUUACGAUAACAAGAUUUCCGUCAUUGGUUUCUCCAACAACACAUGUUUAAUGUCCCUGUUCACCUCUUAAAUGGCUAAUGAUGUUUCCAUGCUAAUCAUGAAUACUUCUGAUUACAACAUACCGUGAUCUAAUCACAACUGAAGCCUUCAACAAAUGUAGCUUUUUCAGUUUAGCUUACAAACUGUGACGAACUCAAUAUAUGUGUCGUCCAUGUAUUCUCUCAGUCAUACGUUUCUGGAUAUCUCUGGAACGACCACUAGAGCAUAACCACUCUAAAUUCAGUCUCGGUUACCACUUUUGGGGAGGUCACUAUGUGUUGUCCCAUUGUGUACCUGAAAGGCUAUGCAGACAAUUGUUUUAGACAUCGCGGUCGGACCCAAACAAAUUAUUGACGGGUUCUUACAACUAAAUAGAUGAAUUAAAAAACCAGUAUGGAAGACCAGCUAGAUGCAAUUAUAUUUGACACAAUCGUGCCGUUGCCAUACAGGAUCCUUUUUCUCAUUCAAUUGGGCCAUCUACUAUGGUAUUUGAUAGUUUAUGGAUGCUACAAUAUAAAUGGCAUAAACGUACUUCAGUUGAUAAAUUUAUCAUAUUCCUCACAUAAUUACCCUCAGCUAGGAGAAUCCCCUGCAGUAGGAGAGCAGGCUACUAUAUCAGUGGCUGACCCUAAAGAAAACAGCUUAUUACUCAAGGGAAUUUGGUUCAAUCUUAGAGUUAUUUCUAUCAAUACAAUGGUGUCUUUCAUAAUUUUCAAGAUUAUACAAAUACUUUUCAGCGAUGAAACUCAUCAUGUCACAUUGGUUUUGAUCUAUCACCUAAUACCUUUGGUCACAAUGUUGAUAAUAAGCUACAAAAUCUUUAGCAAACCCAGUGAUAAGUCGGUAGGUAAAUUAAGACUAUCCACCACAAUGAAGAGGAUUUUGUCUGGCAAUAUCAACUCCAAACUGAUGAGAACAAACGAUAUAUUGAUCAGUGAUAGUUUGGUAUCAUAUUCUAAGGUCUUAAAUGAUAUUGGAAUCUUUAUUUGGCACUAUUUUGUCUCCGACGAAUUGCCUUAUAAUAGUUUUCUAGAGCUCUUUGUGCUCUGUUUACCUGCUUUGAUAAGAAUAAGACAAUGUUGGCAAGAGUUCCUUUUGACAAGACAAAGAUCUCAUAUGUUGAAUUUGAUGAAAUACACUACAGGAAUUGCUCCUAUCUUUAUCAACUUUUUGAUCAAGUUUAACGUACAAGAGUAUGGAGAAGACAAUGAUGCGGGUAAAGAAAUGCAUCUCCAUCUUUUGAAAAUAUUGAAUGUUUGGUGGUAUUUGUGUUCGUUCAUAAACUCUACAUACUCAUUUAUUUGGGAUGUAAGAAUGGACUGGGGAUUUGAAACCUUUGACUACUUCUUAAAGAAAUCAAGUUUCACACUUCGCUCUCCAGACAAGCUCAUUUACAGAAAGCCCAUAAUUUAUUACCUGGGAAUAACAGUGGAUUUUCUCUUGAGAUAUAUCUGGGUGUUGAAGUUUUACACCCAAAGAGAAGCUGAAGAUAAACCCAUAAUUACUAGAGUUGGAUUAUUUUUGUUUGGAUACGAUGCAUUCUCAUUUGGGUAUUCUUUAAUAGAGGUGUUAGAAAUUUUCAGACGGUUCAUGUGGUGCUUCUUCAAGCUAGAAAAUGACUGGUUCAAGUUGGACCCCCAGUAUACCACUUUGACAAAUAAUGUUGAGUUGAUGAAAAUGGGAUAGACAUAUAGGUUUCCAUUAUUACAGUUAGCAUUAGCAUUUGCUUACCUCUUGAGCUUUUCUAAAAAGUGAUCGUGUGUAUUUAAAUGUACAUAAAACAUGUAAUAUUCUUCAUGCAAUUAGUGGAAACUGAACCAAUAUGGAACUUUAUAGGGCCUGCUUAAAGGUUGUUGUCUAUCCAUUUUUGAGAGGCAUUCCUCCAGGCCAAGUCAGCUUUAGGACUCAUUCUAUCUUCACUAAUAAAUCUGUAUUUUAAGGGAGACUUGAUCAAAGUAUAAAUCACAAACACAGAAGACAUGGCUCCUAUAGCCCAUCCAUUCAACUUGGGUGCGUGGUGUCCACUCAUGAUGUUUGAAUGAAAAUGCUAGUUGU